AUGUUGAAAUUAUACCUCCAUGAUUGUUGCUCACUAUGGAUUCAUACAUAUUCCAUACAAAAAGCCUUCCUGAAGGCGGCCACCACUGUCCGCUCACAUAUUUUCCACAAUUCCGAUGAUGAAUCAGAAGGAGAUUGCAUCAAUGAUCCAUGGCCUGGAAACGAAUCUGAAGGUGAUAGACUCAUUGGAAUCACAACCGAGGCUGAUCCUCCGAGCGCUUGUGCUCUAAAGAAAGGCAGUGAGUUGCCGGAGGUGAUAGGAGAUGAGGUUGUUACCGCCGGUAGGGAGGGUAUACCAGAUCAAAGCAAUAUAUUUUACUUUGUAAUUUGCACUUCAGUCCCUGCAACUGUCAUUGGUAUCCUAGACAAGGUCCCAAGUCCUAUAUGGAAGCUGCGGUAA